AUGAGCAGGGACGAACGAGAGUGGGAGAAGCCGACAAAGUUCGUGCCAGAGCGAUUCUUGUCGGGAGGCGAUGACGAGGGGGUGGAUGUGUCUGGCAGCAGGGAGACUAGGAUGAUGCCGUUCGACGUCAGGAGGAGGAUCUGUGUCGGGCUUGGCAUUGCUAGACUUCACCUCGAGUACUUCGUGGGAAAUUUGGUCAAUGAGUUGUGGCAUGAGGUUCCAGGCAAUGAGGUGGACUUCACCGAGAAGCCGGAGUUCACCCUCAUCAUGGCCAAACCACUAUGCGCGAGGAUUAUCCCUAGUGAUGUUGUGGAUAAGCUAAAAGCUGAAUUUCUUUAG